GGUCUGCGGUUGUAUGGUUUGACAGAUGCAAUUUAUAGUCUCCCAUUCCUCUCUCUAUAAAAAAGACUCUUUUCCAGGAGAUCUUUGCUUUUUAAUCAAUAAUCAGUCCAAACUUCCAAACCAAACCAAACCCCAUUGAAGCUGGAGAAGCUCUCUUCCUCUUCCUCCUUCCUCUUCUUUACAUGAAAGAUGGAGCUCUGUUUGAGCUUAGGAGAUGUGCAAGCUCCUGCAGAGCCAUUUGGGUUAGUCUCAUCAUCAUCAUCAGAGAAGCCUCGUGAUGAUCGGGUCAUCAUGGCCGCCUCCAAAACGACAGGGUUUUGCAUGAGCUUAUCAAUCGGUCCAAGCUGUGACAGCAGCACGAGUACUAGUCCUAGAGAAGCAGAUCAACAACUUGAUACAAAUGAUCAUCAAAAUGAUGAUGAUCGAAGUAGGUUUAGUGCUGCUUGUGGUUCCAAAUCAGAUGUACCAGUCCAACUUGAUCUUCUCCCCCACACUCCUGUAGCCCCCAGAAGCAGCAGCCAUGGCUUCCCUUGGCCCACUCCUUCAGAUCAAAACGGUGAGAGACUCCAAUACAAUCCCACCUUUACAAUAGGAGGAGGAGGAGGAGGAGGGGGCUCAUCAGAAAACGUGAACAGAGUGGAGGAAGUGGCGGCGGUGUCAUCGUCGCCGACAAACAGUGGUGCGUCGUCGUUUCAGAUGGAUAUAGGGUUAUACAGCAGCAAUUACAGGGGCAGUGGAGGAAAGAGGAGUCACUCUCCAGAAGCAGAAGGGGAUGAGGGAGAAAGGCAAUCUAAUUCUAGAGCAAGUGAUGAGGAUGACAUCAAUGGCAUCAACACCAGGAAGAAGCUCAGGCUCUCUAAAGAACAGUCUGCUUUUCUUGAAGAAAGCUUCAAAGAACACCACACUCUCAACCCUAAGCAAAAGCUAGCACUGGCAAAACAGCUUAAUCUUCGUCCAAGACAAGUAGAAGUUUGGUUCCAGAAUAGAAGAGCAAGGACGAAGCUGAAGCAAACGGAGGUUGACUGUGAGUUUCUGAAGAGAUGCUGUGAGACACUAACGGAAGAGAACAGAAGGCUACACAAAGAGCUACAGGAGUUGAGGGCUUUGAAGACUCAUCAUCAUUCAAACCCAUUCUACACGCAAUCACCAGCCACAACCCUCACCAUGUGCCCUUCCUGUGAGCGCAUCGCCACCACCAACACCACUAACACCACCACCACCACCAACAACAACAAAACUACUACAAAAGCCCAAGCAGAAGCAGAUGGCUUCCCAAGAUUCUAUCCAUUUUGUCAACCCCAAUCCCACCACUCUUCUGCAGCUUCAUGAUCACAUUUUGUGACAUAUUUAUUUAAUAUUUACAGCUUCCUUCCAAACUGGGUUACAUUAAAUUUGAUUAAUUUGGUGGGUGUGCGUGUACAUAUGUAGACAAAAGUAUUAGGGAAAUGAUCAAUAGCUUUUUAUUCAUAUUGUGGGAUUUAUGGAAUUGGAUUUUCUUUUUUGUCUUU